ACAAUGACUGAAGUGAAAAGUUUACUCGAAGGCUGUGACAGAUUGACAGGAUUAAACAUUACUAGUGUUGGGGGUACAAUUGUAAAUGAUCAUAACUGUGAUGUUUUGCUACCUGCGCAGGUAUUUUUGGAUGAACCAUUAUUUCAGUACUUCAUGGCUGAUUCGAAAAAGUUUUACACGAUUAUACUGGUGGAUCCCGAUUCGCCGCCACAAGUAGACGGUGAAUUUUAUUUGCAUAUGCUAAAAUCGAAUAUUCCUGGUCUCGCAUUGAAAACAAAGGAAAGUAGCAAAACUAUUGGAAUCGAUUACAGAGGAUACAAGCCGCCUACUCCAUCUCGCGGCAUAGAUACGCACCGCUACAUUACUCUCCUUUAUGAGCAAGCAGACGGAAAUAAUUUUCUACCGACUGUACCGAGCUCACGAAAUCGUUUUUCGUUAGCUAAGUGGCUUUUGGGAAAGAACCUUUGCGGCCCGGUCGCUGGAACUCAAUUUCGAUUGCAAUUCUAG